AUGUGUGGUGUGCUGUUCCAACAACUGGGGAGGGUAGCGCUGGUGAGACAAAGAAAUAUGAUUGCAUCGCAAAAAGAUGGACAGGAUUGGUGGAAAAUUGAACCGAAAUACUCUAGUAAAGUUCUCAUUGGAAACUGGCUGGAUGAGAGGAAAAGGUUUAUAAAAGACAUUGGGAAACUCGGCAGCAGCAUAUACAGAACAGACUUCAUUUGCUUCCCGGAUCACAAACCAGACCAAACACUAAGAAGAACCAUGAUGGAAAAAUUUGAGGGCCUGCCAAUACAGCACUUAUUCACCCAUCAUGAGGAACCAAGAAGCCGAAAUUUAGUAUCGGAGUAUGACGAUAAAUACAAUAGACACGGUUACAACCCUGUGCUGCCUCCCCUCCGCAGCUGGAAUGGACGCAAGUUUGCCUGGAUUCCUCAGAAAACAGAUUUCCCCAUUCUUGAGCCACCCACAAACUAUGGUCUUCUUGAGCACCUGAUGAAAAAAUGGCACAAGAAAGAAGCUGGAGUGAUGAACAGUGUCUACACCAUUUCCUAUGAAAGCCCACCGAUUUCUGCUUUUGCUACUUGUCAACUGAGACAACCUGCUAAAACUCAUGACCUCCCUUCCAGCCAGGGACAUCUUCCCCAAAACGACAGUAGAAUCCUGGCCUAUGAAGGGUGUCAGAAAUAUCUGCAAGCCAUUGGCCAACUGGUGUGA